UUCAUCCUGUGAGUAACUCGAGGUCCAUAGGGCUUCGGACAUGGAAUUGUUAUUCCCCCGUCUCACGUCCCACCCGACCUACGUACCACCGUUCCGGUGUCGCGCCUUAUCUGCCCGACCCCUGCCCCACUACCCCACCAGGGAUGCCCCUUUGCGCCGACGGAACCAAAUCCAGGACCUACCUCGCUACCUACCUCCCUACCUACUACCUAUCCAGCGCUCUUCCUUGCCCACGGCACAUCGCCCAGCUCUGAUGCGCAUCUGAGCUGUGGUACAUUGUGACCAGGACAGCCAAAGAUCCACCAGGCCACCUCCUCGAAUCGACUCUGAAUACUCACCACACCCAGAAAGGUUAAAAAAGGAGAAAAGAAAAUGGCAACCACCACCCGGCCGUCCAUCGUCGGCCCCGACUCAGGUCCCAAGCCCCCCUUCCCGCUGCGCAUGUCCGGCGCCGUCAUCAGCGGCUUCGGGCGGGGGUCCAAGGAGCUCGGCAUCCCGACGGCGAACCUCCCCGUCGACACCUCGGCCGCGCCCUGGAUCUCGGACGCCAAGUCAGGCGUGUACUACGGGUGGGCGUCCCUGCGGGGCCUGCCGGCGGACCACCCGGACGCCCCCCCCGCCGGCGGCCAGGCGGCCGUGUCCGUGUCCGUGUUCCCCAUGGUCAUGUCGAUAGGCUACAACCCGUUCUACGGCAACGCCGUGCGCAGCGCCGAGGUGCACGUCCUGCGCCGGUUCGCGGCCGACUUCUACGGCGCCGAGAUGCGCCUGCUGAUACUGGGCUUCAUCCGCGAGGAGAAGGACUACGCGUCGCUGGAGGCGCUGGUCGAGGACAUCAACUUCGACUGCGAGGUCGCGAGGCGGAGCCUGGAGCGGGAGGCGUGGAAGCCGAGGGGGCUGGGGUUGGGCGAGGGCGAGGGGACACUGGAUGGGAGCUGGCUUGUUGCCGCUGCCGAGGACGGGGCGGCAGGGCCACAGGAGAAAAACUAAAGAGGCUGUUUUGGGGCGUUCAAGGUGUGGGUUCUGCUCUGCGCGAAGCCUGCCUGCCACUUGGGUUACACCUUUCGCGUGGAGUCAAAUGGCUUGUGGCGCGAUAGACGGAUGGUCUCAGAAAUAUAUAGAUAUCAAUGUUCGGUUCUACCAACCCAUUAUUAUUGCAGGGAUGAAGAAAGA